AUGUGUAUGGUAGGAGUGCUACAGAAGGAAAAGCUUUUUGUAUUUCUUAUAAUUGACUACUGGGCAUCUCAACAUUUGAGGUUCAUCAAGAAGUCCACCAUAAUUUUUUCUUCAUUGCUGUUUUUGAGUCUCAACUGCCAUGUUUUUGGAAGAGAGGAGGAGCUACCUAGUGCUUAUGAGUGGGAUCACCCUCCAGUGUCCAGCAAGGGAUGUUCAUUACCACUGGACACCACAUUUCCACUACGUGUGAAGGUUGAGAUGAAGGUCAGCAGUGGAAGUUCUGCACAGUUGAUGACGGACAGCAUCAAGAGCCGCUCAAUCUCUCCAUGGGAAUACAGCUCUAACGUGGACAACAACAGAUUCCCGCUGGUCAUCAACGAGGCCAGAUGUCUCCACCACGGCUGUUUGGACCCUGAGGGAAAUGUGGACCUCAGCAUGAACUCAGUCCCCAUCAGACAGGAGAUCCUGGUCCUGCGUCGUGAGAUGAGAGGAUGCGUCCCCGUCUAUAAGCUGGACAAGCAGCUAGUCACCGUGGGCUGCACCUGUGUCCGGCCCAUCACCCAGUACCUCAGAUAA